AAAUGAAUUGUAUUGGGGCAAACCACCUUAAUCAAUGAGUCUGUUUCGUUUACGUUUCUCUUUGGUUUCAGUUACAUUGCAUUCUAAUCAGCUAAGAACACAGCAGCCUCUCAUUUUAUCAUAGCCAUGGGAGAUAAGAAAGUUACUAUAAUGGUGAUCAAAGUGGAUCUUGAUUGCGAGAAAUGCCGCAGGAAAAUCAAGAAAACACUCUGUAAAAUUCCUCAAAUCCAGUCCCAAAUUUAUGAUGAAAAGGCCAACACAGUGACAGUCACUGUAGUGUGCUGCAGCCCGGAGAAGAUCAAGCAGAAGAUAUGUUGUAAAGGUGGUGAAUCAGUUAAGGGUAUUGAGAUCAAAGUGCCGGAAAAACCUAAACCGUCACCGCCGCCGCCGGAGAAGCCGAAAGAAGCGCCUAAACCUAAAGAACCAGAGAAACCUAAAGAACCUGUAAAGCUAAAGGAGCCUGAGAAACCUAAACCUCCACCAGAAAAGCCUAAAGUGACAUUUGUUGACCCACCAAAACCUAAAGCUCCUGAACCGGCACCAAAAGCUCCUGAACCGGCUCCUAAGCCAGCUGCUCCAGCUCCCAAGGCACCAGAACCGGCUCCUAAGCAACCUGAACCUGCACCUAAGCCGGCGCCACAGCCGGUCCCAUCUCACCCUCCUCCGGUAAUGGUAGGUUGCAUGGACUUUUAUGGAGGACAUGGUGGUGGCCCUGGCCCAUGUUGGGAAGGGUAUGGAAGGCCAGCCCCCCCGUGUUAUGGAACCCCGGCACCAUGUUAUGGAAGGCCAGUGUACGAUAGCUGGGGCGGCGGCGGCAGCUAUAGCUACGGCGGUUGCCGGAGAGGAUGCUAUGUGGGGAGAUGUGAUUGUUUUAGCGACGAAAAUCCUUCAGCAUGUAGUGUCAUGUGAAAAUGUUGGUAAUUGUCAAUGUCUAAGGCAUGAUUUUCUGGUUGAUUUUGUUGAAAUGCUGAGUCAUAUUUCGUCAACUUGCACAUGAAAUGAUUGAGGGCCAGGGGCUGCAUCGUAAAAUAAUCGAUAUUUUAUCUUACAGGAAAAGAUUAAUAAUAAGCUUUUGUAAUUUGGUGGACAAUUAAUUAUUGUUCAUUUUAAAUGGGUAUAGACAAAGGUUGUUAGAAUAUUUAAUUCAUAAAAGUUUCUUUGUUAA